CAUGGUCCACAGUUAAGGUAAACAGAUCUGUGAUGACAUUUUCUGAGCAGAAUACCAAUGCUGCUACAUUUCUUCCCAGAGGUUUCUGACUCUUCUUAUAUGCGGAUAAAAUUCCUCUCCAAGAAGGUUUUGUUCACAGGAAAGAAAUAGCAUCUUUGUAAGAGUCUUCCUGAAAGAAAUGGCCUCAGAUAUUCCUGGCUCGGUGGCCUUGCCAGUGGCUCCCAUGGCGAGUGGACAAGUGAGGAUGGCAGGAUCCAUGCCUUCCAGAGGAGGAAAGCGUCGCUCUGGAAUGGACUUUGAUGAUGAAGAUGGGGAAGGGCCCAGCAAAUUUUCAAGGUAUGAUGGUGAUCAAAUCACUGGUGAUAAGGAAAAGUUUGCAAGGGAGAAUCACAGUGAGAUUGAGAGGCGCAGGAGGAACAAGAUGACCCAGUACAUCACGGAGCUAUCGGACAUGGUGCCCACGUGCAGCGCCCUGGCUCGCAAGCCCGACAAGCUGACCAUCCUUCGCAUGGCUGUUUCCCACAUGAAAUCCAUGAGGGGCACUGGAAACAAAUCUACUGAUGGAGCUUACAAGCCUUCCUUUCUUACAGAGCAGGAACUGAAACACCUUAUCCUGGAGGCUGCAGAUGGGUUCCUGUUUGUGGUUGCAGCUGAGACGGGCAGAGUGAUCUACGUGUCGGACUCGGUGACUCCCGUGCUGAACCAGCCGCAGUCGGAGUGGUUUGGCAGCACUUUGUACGAGCAGGUUCACCCAGAUGAUGUGGAAAAGCUGCGGGAGCAACUGUGUACAUCUGAAAACUCCAUGACAGGACGAAUCCUGGACUUGAAGACAGGGACAGUAAAGAAGGAAGGCCAGCAGUCCUCCAUGAGAAUGUGCAUGGGAUCCAGGCGCUCAUUCAUCUGCAGGAUGAGGUGUGGAAAUGCUCCUCUGGAUCAUUUACCUCUGAACAGAAUAACCACCAUGAGGAAAAGAUACAGGAAUGGCCUGGGUCCAGUGAAAGAAGGUGAAGCACAAUAUGCUGUUGUCCAUUGCACUGGCUAUAUCAAGGCUUGGCCACCAGCAGGAAUGACCAUACCAGAAGAAGAUGCUGAUGUGGGACAAGGUAGUAAAUACUGCCUCGUGGCAAUAGGAAGGCUUCAGGUGACCAGCUCUCCUGUGUGCAUGGACAUGAACGGCAUGUCGGUCCCCACGGAGUUCCUGUCCCGGCACAACUCCGAUGGAGUCAUCACCUUUGUGGACCCAAGGUGCAUCAGUGUCAUUGGCUACCAGCCCCAGGAUCUUCUGGGGAAAGAUAUUUUAGAAUUCUGCCAUCCUGAAGACCAAAGCCAUUUGAGAGAGAGCUUCCAACAGGUGGUGAAGCUGAAGGGUCAGGUCCUGUCUGUGAUGUAUCGGUUCCGCACCAAGAACCGGGAGUGGAUGCUGAUCAGAACCAGCAGCUUCACGUUUCAGAACCCUUACUCUGACGAGAUUGAAUACAUCAUCUGCACCAACACUAAUGUCAAACAACUUCAGCAACAGCAAGCAGAACUCGAAGUACAUCAAAGAGAUGGGCUGUCAUCCUAUGACUUAUCUCAGGUGCCUGUUCCAAGUAUACCAGCUAAUGUUCAUGAGGGUGGAAAGUCUGUGGAAAAGCCUGAUGCUAUCUUCUCCCAAGAGAGAGAUCCUAGAUUUGCUGAGAUGUUUGCUGGAAUAACUGCUUCAGAUAAAAAAAUGAUGGCCUCUGCAUCCACAGCAGGGAACCCGCAGCUUUACUCCCAGGGAAGCCCAUUUCAGCCAGGACACUCGGGAAAGACUUUCAGUUCAUCUGUGGUGCACGUGCCUGGUGUCAACGACAUCCAGUCCUCCUCCUCAACGGGGCAGAACCUGACUCAGAUAUCGCGGCAGCUCAACCAGGGCCAGGUGGCCUGGACGGGAAACCGCCCUCCAUUUCCAGGACAGCAAAUUCCAUCUCAGUCUGGCAAGGCUCAGUCAUCUCCCUUUGGCAUUGGAACAAGCCACACCUACCCAGCUGACCCAUCAUCGUACAGCCCCCUGUCCAGCCCAGCCACCUCUUCUCCAAGUGGGAAUGCCUACUCCAGCUUAGCAAACCGAGGGGCAGGCUUUGCUGAAGGCGGCCAGAGCAGCGGGCAGUUCCAGGGCAGACCAUCCGAGGUGUGGUCGCAGUGGCAGAGCCAGCACCACAACCAGCAGAGCAGCGAGCAGCACUCCCACCCACAGCCCAACCAGACCGAGGUGUUCCAGGACAUGCUGCCGAUGCCUGGGGAUCCCACACAGGGUACUGGCAAUUACAACAUUGAAGAUUUUGCUGACCUGGGCAUGUUUCCGCCAUUUUCUGAGUAGCUUGCGAAGCAGAAAUGGAAGUUCUUCUUCUCCAAGGCCAUUUCAGUGUAAUUUUGGCGCUGCUUUUUCUGUGUUGCAUUUCUGUAGAAGCUACUAAACCAGAAGACACAUUUCUCACGUUUCAGAUAGUGGUGUAGGGCUUGCUCUCUCCUCCUUGGGGUGCACCAGUGCCAACAGAGGAGCUCCAGCACUUGUUAGUGUUCAUUGACAGCUCCAUUUUUUUUUUUUUUAAUUUUAUUGUCAUCUACCUCAGAGAUAAAAAAUUUUGCUUGUUUUUUAAAAAAAAAAUCUCUGAGUCUCUAAUAUUUGAAUGUGAAUGAUGCAUAAUAUUUCCUUUGAAUGGUAAUUUUUCAAUAGAUAACAAAGUAACAAAGACUAACAGAGAAAAGGUAAGGUCAUGUCUCGUUACAGUGCCUACUGCUCGAUUUCGAUGCCUUGCUUUAAGCUUAAGUUUCUGGAAGCAGACACAAUAUUCUGUUUUCUUUGGUUCUUGUAGGUUUUAGGUCACUUUAAAUGUUGAGAUUAAGCAACAUAACGUAGGCCUCUCUCACCAGAAGAUUCAGCUCUGCCUUUUCUAACUUAAACUUGAAUGUGUGUACAUUUUGGUACUUUAUGUAUAUCUUGUGCUGUAUGAAGUGAUUUCCUGUACUGGUUUCUUUUGCCUUUACAAAGGGUCCAUUCUGGAGUGUACUGGAAAGGUUGAUGAUGUAUGUGAAGGGUUUGAAUAUCGUGGGAGUCUCCAUCACUUCACAUAGGUGUUCUUACUUUUAAUUCAGGUGGUUCUCUAUUCAGAACAAACAUUUACUUACAUAAGCUAUUAGUCUGGUUUUGCACUGAAUUGAGGCCUAUAACCUUGUACAUUUCUCACUGGCUGCUUUAAUUAUUAUUGUUCUUGCUUUCCCAAAAAUAUUGCCUCUUAAAAGAUGACUGUAAACACA